AAUUGUUUACAUCUCGUUCAUCUUGUUAUUCAAAGUACAUUGGCUGGUCGAACCAGUCUCAUACUUGUUGUGACUUUUAUAAGUUGUGGACCUGUGGAAAACAUUACAUACAAAAUGGGGUCUCUCACAACAGCGUUGUCUGUUUUCGCGGUUCUGUUGGCCAUUGGCUAUUCAGAAGCAAGUGGCAGCUGCCCCGUCCCGUCAAAAGUGUACAGCUGCAGUCCGAAGUGCAAGGAGAACUACGAGUGCAGCAACGGCAAGCUGUGCUGCAGGAACGGAUGCAAUGAGAAGUCCUGCGCCGAGCCCGUUGGCGGCUCGCAGGGGGCUGGCGGCAACAAGUAUGGAGCCGGCUCGAACAGCGGCAUAUACUGCAACAACCAGAAGUGCAGCCCGCAGGAGGUCUGCAAGAUGGACCCGUCCACUAAACGCAUGAGAUGCGUGCGUUCUUAAUUAUACUUAUAUACGUAUUUUUUAAAAUGAUGCAAUAGGCUACUUUACUAUGGAUCUAAUUAAAUUGUUUUAUAGCAGUCAUGCAAUUAGGUUUACGAAAAUACACGGUUAAUACACGGUCAAAUAUCUUCUUGCGCUUUCAAUGAUAUUUAUCAGCAGGUCCAUUUUGUGACUUCACACGGUAACUGACUCCAUUAUUAAAAUCGUUUUUGACAUUUGGUAAAGAGAAACUGUUUUGUCUUCUUAGUAAAAUAGCCUAUUAUUAAUUGGUACACCUACUCGUUUUAUUGUAAGUCCAAGUAUUUAUAUGGUUAAACUACUUCGAUUUUUUUAACUUUAAUAAGUAAUAAACUUGUUUAACUGUUUAAA